CCACCGUUCCCCGAUUCUCUCCAUCUCCACCGAGCUCACACCGCACUGGAACUUCAACGCAGCGGGGAGCAGAACGAGGUCGCCGUCGUCUCCAGCCUCUGCCAAAAUAGAGUCCGCCGAUCGCAAGAGGAAGAGACCGUCGUCCUCAACGAUCUCGUCGGCCGAUCCAUCCGCCGCCAAGUCCGGCAGCCUCAGGGACAAGCACAGGGCGAAGGCCAAGAUGUCGUCGUCGGCGGCGGGGGCGGCGGCGGCGGGGAGCCAGGUCCGCGCGUCGCACAUCCUCAUCAAGCACGAGGGCUCCCGGAGGAAGGCCUCGUGGAAGGAUCCGGAGGGCAGGGUCAUCCGCAGCACCACCCGCGACGCCGUCUCGCAGCUCAAGGCCCCUCAGGAGGACAUCGUCGCCGGCAAGGCCAAGUUCGAGGACCUCGCCUCGCGCUUCUCCGACUGCAGCUCCGCCAAGCGCGGCGGCGAUCUCGGUCCCUUUGGGCGAGGCCAGAUGCAGAAACCUUUCGAGGAAGCGACUUAUGCUCUCAAGGUUGGCGAGAUUAGCGACAUCGUCGAUACCGACAGUGGGGUCCACAUCAUAAUGAGGACUGGCUAAAACAUAGUUGGAGUGCAGAGAAGAUCAAGAAUACGAUCAAUGCUUUGCUUGGGAUUCUGGUUAUAUGGUGUUUGACUAUUCGGACUACGUUGCCAUGAUUUACCGGUUCCGUGCCUCCUCUAUGUCAUUGCAAUUGCAUAAAUUGUUUCGAGGAAACAUUCACCUGUCAAAAACCUUUGGAUGCUUGUUGGGAUAUUUCUCGCAAAGCUUCUCGAGUGGACUUGGUUUUUGCACUGUUCCUUAA